GUCUUGAUGAAAAUCAGACAUGAAACCGUACUCGUUGUCUGUACCGUUUCUUCCGGUCAUCAUUGCAUUGGUUAACUAUAGUUCAGGGAGUUACGUCGCAUUGGUCCCCACGCAGAUCAGAGAAUACUCAUCAAUUUCUGUAGCAGUGGCCAACGUUGGAAACGGUGGCUAUUCACAAUAUGAGGUGAUCUUUCAUAAAUCCCCCAAAAAAGGGCCAAAGAAAGAACUAAAAAGCAUGAUCACUGUUCAGGACAACGAUACUACAACAGUUUCGUUUAAGACCGAAUCGCUUGAUGAGGGUUCCUAUAAAUUUACUAUUCGAGAUCUUGCGAAACCAAAUGAGACGCACAAUAGGUUCCUGGAAGUGUUUCGAAAAUCUUCAGUGAUUCUGAUUCAAACAGAUAAACCAAUUUACAAACCAGGUGAUACGAUCAAAUUUAGAGUGCUGGUAUUGGAUCAUGAAACAAAACCUCUGAUCAAACUGAAAAGUGUCAAUAUUAAACUUAUUGAUAGUAAGGAUAAUCUUAUCAGAGAAUGGCCGUAUGCGAAAAUCCAGAAUGGUAUAUUUCAAUCACAGUUGGACCUAGCCAAUUUCAUAGCUCUUGGCAGUUGGACAAUCGCUGUCGUGGCUCGCUCCGGAGAUACUAAAUAUAAGUCCAUCACGAUAGCCGAAUAUGUUCUACCAAAACAUGAGAUUCGUAUCACCAAAUCUACACUUACUACAAUCAAGGAUAAAAGCUUACCUUUAACUAUCGAAGCUAGGUACACUUUUGGAAAACCAAUUAAAGGAAGUCUUUAUUUAACAAUUGAUGGUUCAGAUCUUCCGAACAAGACAGAAAUCAAUGGCCGAGCUCAGAUCCGUGUAGAUCUUCAAAACAUAAUAACGGACCAGUCGGACUCGGACGUGGUAUGGCUAAACGUAACUGCUAAUGUUGAGGAAGCUGGUUCCGGCCAUCUCUAUCAAUCUAGUGCAAAUAUUCCCAUCUACCAAAAACCCUACAAACUCACACUCCAGAAAUCAUCGGAAUAUUUGCUACCGGAGGUGCCCUACCGUUGUUGGUUGAAGUUGACCGACCCACUCGGUGAACCUUUUGAGCAACCGGAAACAAUUAAAGUGAAGGCAACACGUGACAUACGACUGUGGCUCGAUAAAACAUACAUGAUUGAGCGAAAACCCGAUGAAAAUGGAAUGCUGGAACUUCAGUUCGAGACUUCCGAUAGUACGAUGAAAUUGGAUAUUGCCGCGACGUACGCCGGAGAAACGACACACUUUACGAUACCAAGUGAAAUGGAUCAAAGUGGAGAUAGACCAUUUCUAAAGGUAUCUGUGUUGACUGGAAAUCCUAGAUUGAGUCAACCGGUCGAGCUGCAGGUGCACAGUUCUUUUAAGAUGAGUCUACUUCUGUACUACGUGAUUGCUCACGGUGAGAUCGUUGCAAGUGGAAAGCUGCAUGUGAAGGAACUUCGAUGGCUAAAUUUUCAAUUGAUGACAAACUUUAAAAUGGUACCUAGAGCUAGCUUGGUUGUUAUGGCUAUUAACAGCAACAAGCUCAUCAAAGAUGUGGUACAAUUUAAAGUUCAUGAUUUGAACAGUUUUGUCAAUGUAACUCUGUCAAGUGGUGAAACAGAACCCCAAAAACAGCUGACAGUAACGGCCAAGUCAUAUCCAAAAUCGAUGGUUGGUCUUUUAGCUAUUGAUAAGAGUGUGCUUGCGUUGGGAAGCGGAAAUGAUUUGACCAAACAAGCGCUGUUCGAAGAACUGGAGACGCCUAUUUUGGCGUCAUCUUAUCUGGAUGAGCUAGAAAAUGCUGGAUUUACUGUUAUAUCUAAUGCGCAGAUGGACCCCAUAGUAAUGGAAAAUUACGCAGCUUCUCCUGCUGUGCGUUUUGGUGACGAUGAAUCGGAAAUCAGCACUCCGCACAUUCGCCGAGAUUUUCCCGAAACCUGGCUCUGGAUGGAUAUGGCUAGCACAGACAUCAACGGAACCUUAACAGUGACUGGCGUCGUCCCUGACAGUAUCACCAAUUGGCAAAUUAGUGCAUUUUCGAUCAGCCCCGAUCACGGCCUUGGUAUCAUCGAUCGUCCGUUAUCACUGAACGUUUUGAAACAAUUCUUCAUCACCAUGAAUCUGGCAUAUGCCAUUAUGAAAACUGAGGUGGCUGAGGUGGAAAUUUUCGUAUAUAACUAUUUCAAUCAAUCUCAGGAGAGUAAGGUUACUUUAUUCAACCAACGGGAGCAAUUCCAGUUCUACAACGAGCAGAAUGAGUCUAGUAGUGCCUUGGAACAAUCCCAGAAUAUUUCCAUCCCCGCCAACAGUGUUCGGAAGGUAAAAUUCCUACUCAAACCGACGACAACCGGUAACUUACUGAUAUACGUAACAGCGGAGGCUACUACAGCCAAAGAUGCCAUUCAACAAACUCUUCGAGUAACUCCAGGUGGGCUGCAGUACUACCGAAACAUACCAAGAUUCAUCGAAGUCGAAAGCUCGACACAGAGUUUCAACGAUCUGAAACUCAUAAUUCCUCGAGUGGCAACAUCCGGCUCGGAGAACAUCACUUUUUCGGUGGAAGGUAUCCUACUGGGAGCAGCACUGACAAAUUUAGGGAACUUGAUCCGUCUCCCAACCGGUUGUGGUGAGCAAAAUAUGCUGAAUCUUGUACCGAGUGUCAUAGCCUUAGAAUACAUGAGCAAUACGGGGACUCUCAACGAUGCUAUCAAGAAAAAAGCUAUAGACUAUCUACAGAAAGGCUACCAGAAUCAACUGAAUUACAAACUACCGGAUGGGUCGUUCAGUGUGUUUGGCAAAUCAGACGGACGGGGCAGUGUAUUUUUAACAGCGUUUGUCGCGAAAACGCUUCGUAUUGCAGAGAAACAUAUUACAGUCGACACCGACGUCGUGAAUAGUGCAUACGAAUGGUUGAAGAAACAGCAGGAAUCUGAUGGAAAAUUCGUCGAACACGGUAAAGUUCAUCAUCGUACCAUUCAAGGUGGCUUGAGCGGUAACGUAGCGCUGACAGCUUACACGCUGAUUGCUUUUUUGGAACAUAAGAAUCUCGCGCAACGUUACAAAUCUGUUGUCGAUAAAGGAGCCUCGUUUAUAAGUGAUCAAGUUCCAAAAUUAAGUAAACCCUAUGAACUGGCAUUAGCGUCGUAUGUUCUUCAGUUAGCCAUGCAUCCACAGAGAAAUAUUCCACUCGAUAAACUUCUGGAGCACUCGAAAGUUGAUGCCGAUUUGACAAAACGCUGGUGGGAUAGUGGAACCACUAGUAUCGAGACAGCUGCUUAUGCUCUGCUAACCUACAUAAAUCGCGGGAUGUACGUAGAUGCCAAACCCAUCAUGGAGUGGUUAGUUUCGCAACGAUACGACAAAGGCGGUUUCGAUAAUACUCAAAACACGUUUCUGGGACUUCAAGCACUCUCCGAAUACUCCCAGAAGUUGUCUAGCUCUCGAAAUAAUUACGAAAUAACUAUUUCCUAUGACGAUGAUCAACGGCAAAUCGUUCAAGUAGACGCCGAAUCCUCAUUGAGAAGUCAAUAUCUGACUUUACCCUCGAGUGUGCGAAAUGUCAACGUGGCGAUCACAGGAACCGGAACUGGAGUGUUUCAGAUAGCAUAUCAGUACAAUGUGGUUGCAGCGGACAGUGAACCUCGAUUCGAAAUAAUCAACACGGUCAGAAAGGGUGGUUCCGCUGAUACUAUCGAACUGAAAGUUUGUUCCCGAUUCAAGCCGAAAAAUCAGUUCGAGGUGACGAAUAUGGUACUGAUGGAGAUACUGUUUCCUAGCGGAUAUGUGGUCGCUGACAAAACGCGGAAACAGCUUAAGACCGUCAAAGAAGUACGGAAAGUUGAAACCAAACGGGAAGACACAAUGCUUGUUUUGUACUUCGACUCGCUACCGAUAGAAAAAUCAAUCUGCGUUGACAUUUUUGGUUUGCGGAAGGCCAUCGUUCUGGGGCAAAUAUCUGGCUGGAUAAAAGUUUACGAUUAUUAUGAUCCCACUCGAGAGGCUAUCGAAUAUUUCAACGGAAAAAUCGUCAAUCCAGAGUCGGAACCUUGAAUCCUGCUCUUACUUCUUCUACGUGAAAAAGAAAUCAAGUAACGUGUUAGAAGAAAUAAAAACAUGACCAAGCUCAA